AAACCGGAUUUAUAAGUUGCCUGCGUCUCCCUUCCGUUCUUGUUCUUCUUCUUCUUGGGUUCCUUCCCUCAGGCUUCUAUCCUACCCAGGCUUGUUGGGAGAAUCCCACUACAUCAUUUACGAAACAAACAAGGCAUCUGGGUUUCUUGACACACAUGCUGCUUGGCCCGCAAGAUGGACAACAUUGUGGAUUCUCUAAACAACGCAUACCAAGAGUUUGUCGUUGCUGCAGCUAAUGUGCUCGAGGCCAAGGAAACUUCUGGCGGCCAAAAGACAACAGCCACGGAUACUGCUCUAGAGAGCUUUAAGCAGAAGUGGGAACUUUUCAGAGUGACUUGUGAUCAAGCAGAGGAGUUUGUGGAGUCUGUGAAGCAACGGAUUGGCUCAGAGUGUCUGGUGGAUGAGGCAACCGGCCCUGUGGUAGGGAAGUCUGGGCAGACUACGACAACUGGUCUCCCGCCAAUCAGUGCAGUUCGAUUGGAACAGAUGAGUAAAGCUGUUCGUUGGCUUGUCAUAGAACUUCAACAUGGUUCUGGAACAGCUGCUGGUUCAGCACACUCUCAUCAAUCAGCUCCCUUCGAUGCUAGAUUCUCUGAAGAUUCAGCUCCGUAGAUUUCAUCUUUGGAACAUCAGGUGAAUAAGAUGGGUUAUAUAAGCAACCCUGAGGAAUGUUAAACAUGCUGUCUGCAGUUGAAAGACUAGGAUUCUGCUGUGUUUGGGUGAUAUCAAAUGCACGGGAUGCAGUCGUACUAGGUUCCAUAUUAUUGCUCUGCUUCAGCAGUUGCGCUUUUGUGGGAAGCAAUAUGCAAAUCAUUUGUGGUUCCUGUGUAAUCUGGCACUGCCCAUAGUAUUGUUGCCUAAUGUACGCUUACACCUACAAUAGACUAUUUCUAGGAGACUUUUAACUUGUAACAGCUGAUCAACAGCCAAGAGCCAAGAGCAGUGCUUUUGUUGAAGUCAUGUAUUUACUGCUCUUUUCUUUGUAAUUGUAGGAAGGAUGCUAAUCUCAAUAAGGUCAUCUUGAAAAAGAGAAAAAAUGCAUUAUGAAUUCACGAUCAA